AUGCCGACUCAAGUCCUUGUAUCGAUCAGCGACGAGAUUCGCUAUUUCCUCAACUCCCAACCAGCGGCUCUGCGGAAGGUGUACAGGAAUCGUGAUACUAUUGAUUUGGACGAUCUCUGCAAGAUGGUGGACGACCACAACCGCAGGGUUCAUCAUGAUAAGCGUAGCUCUUUCGUAUUGGCUGACGUCAUGAAGAACUGCAAAGUUGUCGCGCGCCUCAAUAAUGAUGAGGAGGAGUUGUCAAAGUUGUCUCCAGUCGAACGUAUGAGAGCCGAAGCAGCGGAGCGGAAGUAG